GACUAACCUGAAGCAAGCACCCAAAAGUCAAAGGUUCCCUUUUUUUUGUUUCUUGUUUUUUGGGCUCUUGUCAAGUGAUUCUCGUGAGCCCAAACUGAAAACAAGUGACACCCAUUUUUUCCAAAUCAGAGGUUGAGAGAAGGAAAGGGCACUUUUCUUGCUUGAAAAAGAAGAUAAAGAUUCAAGCUUUGGUAAAUUUCUGAAUAUGGGUUCUUGUUUCAGCGUGAGAAUCAAGGCAGAGAGUCCUCAUCAUGCUGGAGACGGGGGUUUAAGUAGCAGGCUUUCGUCGGCCUCAGUGUCAUUGAACACGCCCACGCCCCGGGGAGAAAGCGAGAUUUUGGAGUCAUCCAAUCUCAAAAACUUCAGUUUCAAUGAGCUAAGAAUAGCCACGCGAAACUUCCGCCCAGACAGUGUGUUGGGUGAAGGUGGGUUUGGGUGCGUCUUUAAGGGAUGGAUUGAUGAGAACACUUUCAAGGCAGCUCGGCCAGGGACGGGCUUGGUCAUUGCUGCCAAGAGACUGAAUCAAGAUGGCUUUCAAGGUCAUAAGGAAUGGUUGGCAGAAAUCACUUAUCUGGGUCAACUAUCGCAUCCUAACCUUGUAAAAUUGAUUGGGUACUGUUUGGAGGAUGAACACAGGCUUCUGGUCUACGAAUUCAUGCCUCGUGGAAGUUUGGAAAAUCAUCUAUUCCGAAGGAGUUCAUACUUCCAACCACUAUCUUGGAGUAUUCGAAUGAAGGUCGCCGUCGGUGCAGCCAGGGGACUCGCAUACCUUCACAGCCCAGAAGCUAAAGUGAUAUUCCGUGACUUCAAAUCGUCCAACAUUUUGAUUGACUCGAACUACGACGCAAAGCUUUCUGAUUUUGGAUUGGCCAAGGAUGGGCCCGCCGAUGGAAAGAGUCACGUCUCGACUAGAGUGAUGGGGACGUAUGGGUACGCCGCUCCUGAGUACAUGGCCACAGGUCAUCUAACGACGAGAAGCGACGUGUACAGUUUCGGGGUCGUACUUCUCGAGAUUCUGACGGGCCGUCGGGCAAUGGACAAGAACCGUCCAAACGGGGAGCACAACCUCAUAGAGUGGGCCAAGCCGUACCUCGGAAACAAGCGCAAGAUCCUUCGGGUUAUGGACCCACGCAUAGCGGGUCAGUACUCGUUGACCGUGGCACUUCGGGCAGCCCUUCUCGCGGUCAAGUGUCUAUCAAUUGAUCCGAAACACCGGCCGAGAAUGGCGGACGUGGUCAAGGAAUUGGAGCAACUUCACGACUUGAACGACUCGGGUAAUCCAAGAAGAGACGCCGAUUUGUAUCCGAGGCCGCCCGCGUCUCCACUUCCCCCUUGAACAAUUAACUGAUCAUUAUGACUUUUGUGAUACUGUCAAUAAAUGAAUGAAUAUAGACAUAUCUGUAUGACAAUAUUCAUUCAUCUUACCUUUUGAUGUAUUUCAAAAGUCAUAAUGGUCCGGUCACUGUAUAAGGGAAGUAAAUAAUAAAAUAGGUAACAAUAUUUGGUCGGAUCCGACCAUGACGGUCCGGGUUGGUUAGGGAGUUGCGAGAAGUUGCUCUGAAUCAAUCCGAAAAGCCAUAUCGGGAUUUAUCGGCGGACUGAUUUUUGGCUGGUUAAGAAGUGUACUAUGAUGUUUUCUUCUUCUUGUUUGUGCAUUGAUUAAGCUAAAGAUAGUAUCUUUAGAUUGUGUAUGAAAGCAACUGUUUGAGGGAGGAUAAUAAAUAAUGUAAUACCAGGGUU